GUUGACAUUUUGACAACUCGAAGGGGCCGGCUCGGGCCCUUGGAGAAAUUAUUUCAGAAUGAAUCAGGAAGGCGUACUUGCUUGUUGCGCCGUAUGCAAUCAAAAAACGCAUCGGAGAUGCGCACGGUGCCUCAACGUCUAUUAUUGUAACACGGAACAUCAACGACAAGACUGGAAGAGGCAUAAAAGUGAGUGUGCACCCAAGUUACCAAAACAGGGUCCGAAAAGUGAUAAAUCUGGCGAAUGUUCAACUGUUAUCGAAGAAGCUGCGAAGAAAUUGAAAGACGGCGUCGCAGCAGUCGCCGAAAAAUCGCAACUAGAAACUGUAAGCGAAGGUAGUGGAGGUGAUAUAAGACAUUCGACAAAAUCAAAGACUAAAAACGUUAAGAAAAUCGUUGUGGAGGGUAGCUCGGUCAGUGUUAGUAAACAGAACUCGAUCGCGAGUGAAAACGUGAAACAGAGUGAUAGUGGAACGCCGAAGCAGAAUGACAGCAGUGUUAUAUUUAGUGUAGUAGAUACUGAAAAGGAAUUGAAUAGUGAUUGUGCCAUAACAUACGAGGGCUCGUCCGAAAAAGAGAUUCUGAGCGAGUCUGUGCAGCAACUGAGCACGGUGGACUUCGCCGGGACUAGCUCGUCGAAUGUGCUCAAAGCGGUGAACAGAACCGAUGUGAAGAUGCCUAUUCAGCCGGAACAGACCCAUAGGGUGAAGGAGUACCCCGAAGCAUCUCUGAAAGGGAGUGGGGCUCCAUUCAAUCACAUGCCCAACAGUUACUACAUGGACCCGUGUGAUCCCUUUUACAAGAUAUGUCAGAGAGUGAUUAAAGACAUGACCCAGUAUGGAGUGUGUGUGAUAAACAACUUCUUAGGCAGGGAGCGAGGGCUGCAGGUGCUUAACGAGGUGCUGGAGAUGUACAGAUCCGGAAUAUUCACAGCAGGUCAGCUGGUGUCCAACCCGGGCAGCACGGAGGCGCAGACCAUCCGAAGCGAUCGGAUCACGUGGAUCGACGGCAAGGAGCAGCAUUGCUUCCACAUCGGCCAGCUGAUCAGUCAAGUCGAUAACAUAAUACUGAGAGCAAACAAAAUGGCCAACAAUGGGAAAAUGGGUGACUACAUCAUCAAUGGAAGGACGAAGGCGAUGGUGGCGUGCUACCCCGGCUCCGGCAGCCACUACGUGAAGCACGUGGACAACCCCAACAAGGACGGCAGGUGCAUCACCGCGAUCUAUUACUUGAAUCUGGACUGGGACGUCAAGAGGUGCGGCGGGCUGCUCAGGGUGUUCCCUGAAGACACUAACCAGGUGGCCGACAUAGCGCCGAUCUUCGACAGGAUGCUGUUCUUCUGGUCAGACAGGCGGAACCCGCAUGAAGUCCAGCCCGCCUACAGCACGAGAUACGCCAUCACCCUAUGGUAUUUUGAUGCACAGGAAAGGGAAAAGGCGUUGAGAAACUACAAAAAACGCGGGCAGCCGUCGUCAAGCAAGUGAUGCACGUGACGUCACGUGGCUUGCAUGGCCCGGAUCCAAGCCGCCACGGCCCUAAUCCAAGCCGCUGCAGUCCCGGUCGAAGCCGCCGCGACCACGCAGCGAUACGAAGCAAUCAGUCCUAGAACUAGUAAAGUCAAAAGAUAAUAUCUCACAGCGCGAUGUUUUCCAAAUUUGUAUAAAAUUUUUGUAAGCAUAUUUUAUCAAUCAUAAUCCAAUAACUAAGGCGAUGGCGGUUGGUAUUUGUAUCAAUAAAUGACGUCACGUCGUCUAAAAAAAUACAUAAAACAAUUUCAACCUUAUGUAACGAACUCAAGAUUUCAUUUCCCGAAUAGUCAAAACCUACUUCGGUCAAUUAAAGCUAUAUUUAUAGAUGUUAAUAGAUUUUGAUACUAAUUCUAAACACAACUACACAGCCCUCAUCUGCCAAUUAAUUACUGUUAUUAAAAAUACUUGAUAUAGCUCAAGUCUAAUCUAAUUUUUUGCAAUGAAUUGACAAAUUUAUUAGUCUCAUAAGGAUCAUAAUAUGUGUGGCCAAAAUGGGAACUAACAUAGAUCAAGUUGAUGAUUCCUAUUGGUCAAUACAAGAACUUUGACUACAGCGCCCUCUUUUAUGUCAUUCGUAUUUCACGAUCCUUUUUUGACUAUUUCCUGACGUCAAUGUUUUAUUUUUAUUUUAAUCCAAACUCAAUUUGUAUUUAUAUUUUUAAGCCUGAAUAGUAUUAUACCGUUAUAUCACACUACUAGAUUAUGUUCUGUCUGGUUAGUUAAUGUUACGCCUUUUGUUGGUGCUUUUUGUGAACAUGGAUUUAUCAAAAUCAAUAGAAAAGAAAAUCAAUCUAAUUAGUAAGGUACAUCAUGUCAAUCUGAACCUUAUUUAAAUAAGCAAUAUGAAAUGAAAAUGCAUGUCGAAAAUACAAGCACCAAUUAUUAAGCAAGGUGUAUACUUGCAUUGUAACAAGCCAUAUAAACCUACUCUUUAGUUCGUUUUUACUUUGAAGAAGUGAAAUCCAAAUAAUGUUAUGAAAUGUAACUUAUAACUCGCAUUUUAUAUCCAUAUAGCUUAGAAAGCGUGAUUAUGUUUUUUUUUAUUGUCUACUUAAUGGUUGUUUGCGUGGAUUACCUCAAAUAGACAGUGGCUUUACCCGACGUGAGAACCUGGAUGGACCUAAAAAGUUUCUUAAUUUUCUGUUUCGCUCAUAUGAUACUAAAAAGGUCCUCCGAGGUUCCUAUAUGGGCGAGGCUCCAGGCGUAUACCCCUAAAAUAGCCUCUGUAAAUAAAAGUCAUUCAGUCACAGUAUGGAAUAUUUUGUGAUUUGAAGCGGCAUCAUAGUAGCUCCGUUUUAGAAUCCGAGAUUUUUCUGCAGUUUUGGUUAAUAAUUUUGCUGGCAGUGUCUAUUAGAGGUAACCUUUUUGGUUUGUCAUCGCAUCAAUGCAGUGAACAGUGAGAAUGGUUUAAGACUGAAUACUAUUCGAAACGUGUAUAUGAGAUUCAUCGACAUGUACAUUAUUAUUAUAAUUUAUUUAUCUACUUUGUAUUUCACACCGUUUUGUAUAUAUAAUGGGAAAGAAAUUAUGAUUGAGGAUUUUCUAUCUUAUCAUGUUUGAGUAAAGGCGAUGUCAUUUGUUACUUCGAAUAUUAUGAGAGAAAUGCUUUCGAACUAUCUACGAGCUAUCAAAUUAUUCGCUUUCUUAUUAAACCUCUAUUUUAUAUAUAAGGCAUGUAAUGCAUUAUAAUUAUACUAUAUUUAAUAUUAUUUCUCAUAAUAUUUCGAGAGAGACGUCAUUUGUUAAAUAUACUGCCACUUUGUCAUUUCCCGCCUUUUUAUACGUCAAAGUCCAUGAUGUACUCACAGCUUAGAGUUGUGUAGGACAUGACAUAAAAAAGAGUUUGUAAGAGUAGCCUCUUUUUAGCAUUGAGCCGGUACAACGUCCUACUUCAAAUGAGGCGAGGCGUAGUGAGGCUCGGCGCUUCAAUGCGUAUCUUACAGUAUUUUGUAAUGUUAACCCUCAAAAUGUUUCCCUCUCGCUCGCGACUUGAAACGCAGUAACUUAAUGCCCAUUGUAAAAUAACGUCCUACUGUAAUUUGUAGCAUGCGGUUCUCUACCUCACUGUCCUCGUCCUACAGUUUAUCAGAGACGAAGAAUAAGUAAUGCGACUGCCGCGACAUAAAAUUUGAAGUAGUACAAUAUAUAAUUUUGAGCCACUCUUACAUUUUGACGUCAUGUCCCGGACAAAUGUACCGCCUCUUGUAUGUCCUACUCAACAUUAUCACAGCUUGACAUUUCCUGUGUAGAAAGUCACAAAUCUCAAACGUUUUUAAACGACUGAUUGGAAAUAUAAAAUAAUUACCUCAAACGAGAAAUAAAAUACAAAUUGGUGUAAAUAAGUGUAACUGAGCGAAAUACUUACCGCGAAGUGGAGUGUAAAAAGUAUAUAGUAUUGAAUUUUAUACAGUUAGAUAUAAUUAAAUUAAGCAUACAUCUGUCGUAUUUUAAUUAGUAUCGUAAGUAUAAAGGAUUGUGUAAAAAUAAUACUUUUAACUUGUGUGAUGUUACUUGUUAAUUAUGAUUUUGUAUUUGCAACGUUUGUAGUUCUGUCCGUUUUAAUAUUUAGACCAAAAUUGUUUUGUUUGCGGCGCAUUAUAGGACAGAGCCUCGUAUUAAAGUUUACAUUUGAAA